UCUCCACCAGCCAAUGGGAGUGGUCUGCAUGGCCUUCAAGGGGGCGGAGCGGCAGCUGCGGCCUGGGAUCCCCGCGCCGCUGGAGGGCUCGGGCCUUCUUCCCAGGUCUGCGGGUCGGGACGAAGAGGACUUCGACUCCUCCCCGCCUGACCACAGUAUGGUGACUGUGAUCGUCAGGCGCAGCCUUGACUUGCUGCUGGGCCUCUACUUCCUCUCCCACAUCCCCAUCACUCUGUUUUUCGACCUGCAGGUGGUGCUGCCACGAGAAUUCUACUGGGCCAAGUUUAGAAAUCUGCUGUCUUGGUAUGCUAAAGAGUUCAAAGACCCUCUGAUGCAGAGCACCCCAGUGUGGUUUAAGUCCUUCGUGUUUUGCGAGCUUUUGUUUCAGCUGCCUUUCUUUCCUGUUGCAACAUAUGCCUUCUUCAGAGGAAACUGCAAGUGGAUCCGCAUGCCUGCAAUCAUCUACUCAGUUCACACCCUAACAACCUUAAUUCCAAUUCUCUCCACAUUUCUAUUUGGGGAUUUCUCCAAAGCCAGUGGUUUCAAAGGACAAGGUCCUGAGACUUUCCAUGAACGAAUAACCCUUGUAGCCAUCUAUGCCCCCUACUUUGUCUUUCCCCUCAUACUUCUGUUAUUCAUGUUGAAGAAUCCCUUCUACGAGGAGAAAAGAAAGAGAAAAUGAGGAAAACAACCACUGACCCAGGGAAGAGACUUUCACAAGGCAGUUGCCUUUUUGACUCAAUACAAGAAAAACUACUCUGAACCAUGUCUCAGUAGCAUUUGAAACACCAGCAACAGUGCAUAAGAACACGAUGGUGGCAGGAGCCACAUGAAACCCUUACCUUCCAAGGGCACUGGGAUGAACAGAUUGAUCAGCAGGGGUGGGGCAAAGGAGUAUGGGUUUUCAUAGGAAAGUCGUGUCAAAUACCUUACCAUAUGCCUGAGUUCCAUUGUAGGAUUUCUAAAAGCAGGACCAGACCAGAAGCUGAGUAAGCUUCCUCAAAACAUGGCUUGCUUGACUCAUAAGGCAGCUAAUCCAUGGCAUAUACACACGACUAAACCUUUGACUCAUGAUUCGUUAUAGCUUGUCACCAAUCAACAAAAUAGUGGAGUUUUUCAGGCCAUUCAAAUUAGAAAUUGUGCCUCUUUAAUACUCAUUAGAAACUAUGUUUUCUUGGUCCUACCUCUACCCCUGGGAGAAAAAAGAGAAAAUACUAUGCAGAAGAGGUUUAAACUUAGUUCUCCUUAAGGUUCAGCCCCAGGAUGACCUGUCAAUCAAACAGGUUAAACUGGAAGAUGUUUGUUUCUUAAAUACAUCAUCCCGGGAGAUUUUAAGUCACCUUGUUCAUUUUAUUUCCAAAUCUUAGUCAUCCAUAUUUUAAAGACCACCUGAAACAAGUCUGGCAUCUAAAGACUGUUCUGGAAGUGUGCUUCCUAAUGGACAGCUUCAUCCUUCCUGCUAGUCUGGUCAUUAUCAUUUUGUUCAGGGGUGGGGAUAGCUGGGUGUGACAAGCCCAUCAUGUGCCUGUCAGGUCUCUUCACAUUAAUGCUCGACAUUCCAUCAGUGUUCUCUAAGUCUACUUGAGGCCAACAUUAAAGAGGAAAAACAAAAAACAGGUCCCAGUCAACUCCCUGAUUUUGUCCUUUUUGUUCACAAGCCAUACUGGUCUGACUGUUGGUACUGUCUGACUCAUGUGCAUCUGAUCCAAAUAAAGGCAAUUGCUGACCACUA